AUGUCACGUACCAGAUUCUUAUCUUGUUGUUGUCUUUUCAAUUCUUAUCCUGCUGUUCUCUUUUUUAUUUAUCAUGUCUUUAUUUUCUUUGACUUGUCGCAGAAAAAAAGAGUAAAGUUUAUUCGAAUUGAUGGUAAGACACACCCAACGUCAAGACAAGACCUUGACAAAACCUUCCAAGAGAAAGAGUAUGUCAAAGUAGCUCUGCUUGGAAUUCGUGCUGACGGCGUGGGUCUUACUUUAACGGUGGCAAGCACGGUCAUGUUUGCCGAAAUGUCAUGGAGACUAGGUGAUCUAGUCCAGGCUGAAGAUCGGGCCCAUCAUAUUGGACAAGCGAGGGGUGUUGUCUGGACAGCGGUCUCCUUACUACAUACUAGUCCACUUGGCGGGGAUGCUGUUCAGCACAAGUUGGAGAAUUUUGGUCAGGUUGAGAAUGGAUCGCAAACCCAAGAACAAUCCACUCUGCAUGACUAUAUGAAACCCUAUAGUUGUUCUUUCAAAUGUAAGCGAGAACAUGAGCAAGCAGCAGAGAUCAUCAUAGAUUUGGUUGAUUCACUUGAGAGAUUUCAACCACAUUUGGAACUCGAGAAUGCUCACGAGUUGGAUGGAGGAUUCGGCCUUAACUAA